AUGGCUGUCAAGUUCCUCAGUAACCUUUCGCACGACAGACGAGUUCCGAUCCGAAGAAUUGUCCUCCUGGAAGACUUUCUAGCAGCUACAAAGCCUGAAUGUCAUGCUCAAGGCCUCAUUCCAUACUGCAAGGAAAACCCUGGUCUGUACAUCGAGCGCAGGGUGAAUCUCUGGAGGGCUGUCUUUCCAGAUGCCUCGGGACCACUUGUGUUGGAUUCGACUGGAUUAGGUGGACAUGUACACGGUCUUGAAGCUCACUACAUCACAAAAGGAGGUAUUGGACUAUGGAUAGCGGAGGCCAGAGCACUCCCAAAUUUAGGCAUGCCGCUCGAGUCUUUCACCUUAGUCUUGGAUGGUGAUCCAAUUCCGACGAAGACAACUGAGAUAUUCCAAAAUGUGGUCCAAAGAGAUGCAGCAUGA